AGAAAAAAAAAGUUAACAUUACCAAACUUUCCUUUAUCAUAUAUGAUUCAUUUUGGAGCAAUGAACAAAACGUAUUACUGUUUAUGUUUGUGGAGUGGCCUUUUUUCCAACCUGAAGUGAAAGCUAAUGCAAAGUUAUUGAAACUUCACUUUUGAAAGUUUUAAUGGUAACUGUGUUGGUCUAUUCACAUCUGAUUGAGGGCUAAGGAAUUCAAAUUAAAGCAAAUAUUAAAUGUACUGGUUUCACGCUCUCAUACAUUACGGUUCAACAGAGAAAAAUUAAAAGGUCACAUCUUUGUAUCCAAUCAGGAUGUUGUUUUUUAAAUGAGGUAAAUAGGAACAUCUUCUUCUCUCAAAGCUUCUUUGACAACAGAGAUGGCUAAUCAUCGAAUCAGCCGAUCCCUUCUGCAGGUGUGUCUGUUUAGUAUAACCUGCUGCAGGUUUGUAACUCUAAAAAAAAAACUGUUGGAGAGAAAAAAAUCCUAAUAUAUUCAGCUGAAAGGUAAAUGAGAUGCUCCCCUAUGAGUUGAGACAGAGCAUUCGAUGCCCUAAAAAGUAUGGGCAGACUGUUAAGGAGAGGAACUUCUUGUUGGCUCCACCAUUUAGUUCGCAGCUAUUGUUUGAGGAGCAUGACCCUGAGAAACCGCUGGAUGAGAGGUAUAUCAGGAAUGCUGCAAUUAUUCCAGAUCUCUCCGAUCAGUUGUGCAGCUCCGAAGCUGUCAAGACAGAGGAGACCUCAGGUGCUGCUCUGAUGAUCCAUGGUUAUUCAGUGGAAGACUUCCAGAAGACCCAUCACUCUGUGGUGGAUCCCCUGCUCUACAGGCCCUGUGGGAAGCAGAGGCCUUACAGCCUGGAGCUGGGGUUCAUCAUCAAGGAACGCCUGCUGGACAAGAUGGCGUAUCCGACACUGGAGAUUUCAGAGCGCCCAGAUGGAAAGGUGGAAGUGACGGAGAGGUUCUGUGUGCUUCGUUCAACACCUUCUAUAGAUAUAGACUGUAAAGGGGAACUGUGGUAAAAUUCAUCCAAAGACUUUCUAUAAUAAGCAUGGGUUUUCGCUUUGUUAAACUUAUUACUAUAUACUUCUAUUGACUGUUUCGUUUUUCAGACACAUCUGUACAAUUUGAAAUGUAUUAUAAUCCUUACUGUGAAUCUUUAUGAGACAUAUUGGUCUGCAGGUAAAAAGUUUUUAUAUUCAUCUAAUUCUAAAGUGAUGUUGUACACUAAUGGAUGAAUACAUGAACAGAUUAAAUAAUGUUAAA